CCGUCACCCACUCAUGCUCUUCUGACCACUUGUGUUCUGCACCUGAGAGCGCUUCCUAUUUGGGACCUGCUUCUUUAAGUUUGAAGAAUACGAAAUAUGGAAGAAGAAGUGAUGCCAUGAGGCUGAUUCUGGUUAAACCUACCAAUGCAACGAGGCGUCUUGAUUCAACAGGUGAAGUCUUCCAAGACAGGGAACAUGGCCACUGCACAUCAGGAGGUCCGUCUGAGGGCAAGUGUGAUCCGAACUUUGGCCCCUCAGUCGGAGCACCUUCGUCACCGCAGAAUACAAGCCUCUGUGGUGGUUCGUCUUCACCCAUACAUGAAAGGUGGAAUGGAGUCAAUCCUCCGAGAGUUUCAGCCCAGAUGUCGCCACAGAAAACCCCAAACUUAACCCUAUCCCAACUGAGUGAUGAGGACUGGCUACUGUUUUAUGGCCAGGUUAGCAGAAGAGGAGAGGCUUCUCCCUCAGCAGAAAAGGCAGGGAGCAGCGAGGGACAUCCAAACCACAGCAACAGAUGUGGUUGUUCCUGUCCUGAUGCACAUCAGCAUUCAGAAGCUUUUCAACCACAAUCAAAACACCGCACUGUCCAAGAUUGCCUCACCAGAGUUACAAAUAAGAGGAGCCUUUGGUCUUCACUGCAUACCCAGUCUCAGUGUUCAGCCUCAUGCCAGGCUUUAUCACAGCAAAUAAACCACAGAGAUAGUUUGAAACCUGCAGCAAACCAUAACUUCAUGCCUCAGUGCAAUGAUGGAGAAAGCCCAAAGGACCUUUUGCAGCAGCACUCUCUUAAUCAUCUUAAACUUACAGACGUCAGCCAAGCAACCUGCUCAGAUUUGUUCAACAUCCCGCUAAACUCUGCUGAAUUCGCUGAAACAAAUCAGAAACUCCACGAAUGGCCUCAGACAGCUGUCAGUGCUGACUUGAGCUGGCGAGAGCUUUACGGUAAAGAACCGCUGUUAGUUCGGCAACGGCAAGAUUCUCCCAGCCUGAUAAGAAGUGAUCAAAUCUGCAAGGCACCUGGAGAUCCUUCACUUGUACCCAAGUGUCGACAUCUCCCUUUCAAUUUACUGACCACAGCUUCUCAGGGGAACAGGUCCACAACACCAGCUAGCGACCAAAGUGUCCAAUCCUUCGCCAUCGGCCAGUAUAGUUCACUUGGAAACCAGAAUUUAGUUGAGGAGAGGGUGAAACAGAGACAAAAUCAGACAACCACACAGCACCUCAGUGGAUCGAAGCUCUCCCUCCCGAAAUAUACUCCCCCACCAGUGGACAACUCAGAAACUAGUGGCUCAGUUAACGGGGAUGCCGUGCGACCUCUGAGCAGUCGUGCAGAUCUUCACUCCGGCCACCAGCCUCUUCAGCGACUUCACAGCGCCAUCCUGGAGGAUGCCUUUGCUAAAGUCAUGAGCCAAGACUCCAGUAAGGCAAACAGUGACAACCUGACCAGAGAGGAAGGCAGUGUACCACCACAGAGGAAGACUAAGGACAUUAGCUACCGGUUGGGUCAAAGAAGAGCUCUCUUUGGGAAGCGCAAGCAAUUGAGCGACUACGCCUUGGUCUGUGGGAUGUUUGGCAUCAUUGUCAUGGUUAUAGAGACCGAGCUUUCGAGGGGAUUUUACAUCAAGGAUUCUGUGUAUUCUUAUGUACUGAAAGGCUUAAUCAGCCUCUCUACUGCUGUUCUUCUUGGGCUCAUUAUGAUGUACCAUGCAAGGGAGAUCCAGCUCUUCAUGGUGGACAACGGCGUAGAUGAUUGGAGGAUAGCUAUAACAGUUCAGCGGAUUCUCUUCGUCACGUUGGAGCUUCUGGUCUGUGCCAUCCAUCCAAUCCCAGGCCAGUACGUGUUCACCUGGAGAACUCGACUGGCCUUCAGUUACAGACCAUCAGUGGCCGAUGCUGAUGUUGACAUCAUCCUCUCUGUGCCCAUGUUCCUGCGCCUCUACCUGAUUGGCCGGGUCAUGCUGCUUCAUAGCAAACUGUUCACAGAUGCUUCGUCCCGCAGCAUUGGGGCACUCAACAAGAUCAACUUUGAUACUCGCUUUGUGAUGAAGACUCUGAUGACCAUUUGUCCCGGCACUGUCCUGCUGGUGUUCAGUGUGUCCUGUUGGAUCAUUGCAGCAUGGACGGUGCGCUUGUGUGAGAGGUAUCAUGAUACGCAGGAGGUAACUAGUACCUUCCUUGGGGCAAUGUGGCUGAUCUCCAUCACCUUCCUUUCAAUCGGCUACGGAGACAUGGUCCCUCACACCUACUGUGGAAAAGGUGUUUGCCUGUUAACUGGAAUUAUGGGGGCGGGCUGCACUGCUUUAGUCGUUGCUGUUGUUGCAAGGAAGUCAGAACUCACCAGAGCUGAAAAACACGUCCAUAAUUUCAUGAUGGAUACUCAACUCUACAAAAAGAUAAAAAACACAGCAGCUAAUGUUUUGAGGGAGACGUGGCUCAUCUACAAAAACACUAAGCUGGUUAAGAAGAUUGAUCAGGCCAGAGUUCGCCACCAUCAGCGGAAAUUCCUUCAAGCCAUCCACCAACUGCGGAGAGUCAAAAUGGCGCAAAGGAAACUAAAUGACCAGGCCAAUACAGUUGCUGAUCUUGCCAAGACUCAGAACAUGAUGUAUGAUCUGGUGUCGGAGCUCCAGCAUCGAAGCGAGGAGAUGGACAAGAGGAUUGUAGCUUUGGAGGAGAAACUGAACUCCAUCCUUCUCAGCAUGCAGUCACUGCCAGCUGUACUUUCUCAAGCAAUAACAAAGCUACAAAAGGAUUUCUUGGACGACUUGGCUUUCCGUGUCCACUUUCUGUCAUCCUCCCUGAGCUCUGAGUGCUGCCCAGUCCCUGCCAGGAAGCUCUGUCCAGGCUCCACCACACCAGAGACAUCUUUGAGCUAAUAGGCCUCACUUCAGGCUUUUGCAACCUGAUGUGGGAAAUCAUUUUCCAUUGUUUUAGUAACUCUCCUGUAAAAACUACAGUUGGGGUUUGAUCACCACCUUUUUUCCCCUUUAUCCAAACUGUGAUAGUUCUAGUGUUAUUAAAUAAUCUAAAUAAAUGUGCUUCAUAAAUAAAUAUUUAUUACAUAUGCUGUAUGUAAUAAUUUAGGAAAUCCAUGUAUAGUUCUACAACCUUGCUUUGUUGUGGUCUCAGUCUAAACAUUAUUAUUAUUUUGGGUCUAUGAUGUCUCUAUGAUGUCUCUUAACAAGUGACUUUUAUAACAACUAUAGAGUGUUUUUUUUUCUUUAAUUAGAACAUUUACGUAGUAUGUCCCAUGUAUCAAAUUGUUAACAAUACAGACUUUGUACCUUCUUUAUCUCCCCAGAUUUUCUGUUGUGUACAAUACACUGUAUUUCAAUUACAAAUACAUAUACAAUACAGGAGGCUGACAGAGAUCCGGGUAUUAGGAAUGUAUUUUGACUUGUGUCAUUGAGCCCAAUAGUCUGUGAAUAUAUAACAAUCCAAAAAAAAUGUCUGUAUUGUUCAAUUAUUAUUUCUGGAAGGUGACAGGAUUCAGAGACAUUCACACCAGUUCAAAAUAGUGAGAUAACAAACGAACAGGUACAGAUGACAGCUAUUCCUCCCUCCCUCUAUUUAGCAGUUGAACAAGCAAAAACACCAGUGUAUCCAAAUACAAAGUAUCUUAUUUUAUCUUGUACUUCAGAGAUAGGCAUAUUUUUUUUUUAUCCAUGGCCACACUGACAUAGUCAAAUUAAACAAA